AUGAGUGAAUUGGAUAUUAUCCUGGUCCAAGAGCCAGGCCUUAACAAAGGGGGUACUGUAAUCCAACACUCUAGUUGGGUAGCAGUCCAUUCUGGGGAAGGUAAGCAGAGGACGAAUGCAAUAACAUAUAUCAGCGCCAAGCUCCGUGGGCGACUCCCGGUUAUCAUGGAUCGUGGCCUGACAAAUGAAAACAUGGUGAGUAUCACUUUAGGUAAUCUAACGAUCACCAACAUUUACAACAGGCAAAGCGAGGAACUACACCCGCUUAAGCAGUGGUGCCAUAGGGUCGAAGGGGACGACAGUGGGAACCUUAGGGUUAUUGCUGGCGAUUUCAACCUUCACCACCCAUUGUGGCAAACUAAUGCUUUGGCUAGCAGGGACUCGAAAAUGUGGGUUGAUUGGGCUUCUGAUCAUGACUUGAUGUUAGCCUCUAGGGCAGAUGAGGCGACACACAUGGCAGGGAACACCAUUGACUUGGUGUUUACAGACAGCAGAAUCAAUACCACUAUGAGGGAAAGCUUGGAUGUGGGGUCUGACCACUUCAUGCUCAAGUGGAACCUACACACUGAAUUAGUGCAAGCCGAGCUAGUGUGUACACCAACUCAAGGCUUCAAUUAUAAAAAGGCCGAUUGGGAGGUCUUUGCUGAGGAAGUCAAUCGACUCUCGAAGCAAAUGGAUGUCCCAAGCAGUCUCACGACGAGUAAGACAACCGAGAAUUGUCUAAAGUCGGCUGAUAAAUUCGCUGAGAGGAUAGUAGCAAUACUCCAGGAAGCGUUGAAGAUCAGUACGCCUAAGCUUAACAUCACAUUUAGAAGCAAGAGAUGGUGGACGCCAGAACUCAAACAACUCAAGCUCAGAGUCCAACGUUUGAGGAGGCGGGCGAAGCGUUAUCCUACUGAAGCUCACAUAAAAGAGCGCCAGGAGGCUAAUGCACGCUACAAAAGAGAACUCAUGAUAGCUAAGGCGAAGAACUGGAAUGGUUUUUUGUCACAGGUGACUACUCAAAAUGUUUGGCUGGCUCUCAAGCUGGUGAAACCAACAGAAAACCAAGUAUCCCUCCUGCCCGCUCUGCGUAUUGAUGACGAUAAACAUACGCAGACGUAUGGGGAACAGAUUAGUGAGUUAUUUAACAGCCUCUUUCCUUCGGUGCCGCCUUCCACUAAGGGGGUCAAGCCAGUCGAAGCCAGUGCGAAUUGGCCAAAAUUGCGCAAAAAGGAAGUGCAGUCUGCGUUACAAGACCAGGCGUCCUACAAGGCACCUGGACCUGACGGAGUCAAAACCAAGGCCAUUAAAGAAGCAUGGAAACAAAAAUCCUUUCGAAAAUUGGUCAAAGGACUAUUUUCUUACUGUCUUCGCGUGGGCUAUCAUCCAAAGAUCUUUCGUAAAGGUCUCACGGUUGUGUUGCCUAAGCCGAAGAGAGACCCAACGUUGGCUCGUUCAUAUCGACCAAUCACUCUACUAAGUACCCUUGGUAAAGUAUUAGAGAAAAUAUUCCAAAGACGACUAACAGCACUCACGGCUACGUGCAUACCACGCCAGCAAUUUGGAGGACGUCAUGGUUUUUCAGCUGUUGACGCCCUUACGAAAUUGUCGGAAGACAUUCAGUAUAACUUGAGCAGGUCGAAAGUGACGUCUAUCUUGGCGAUAGACAUAAAAGGAGCUUUUGAUAACGUGCAUAGAGAUAGUCUACUCUCCACCAUGGAACAGAUGAACCUUCCUGUACCUGUACAGAAUUGGGUCUAUCACUUUAUGUGUGGGAGACGUACAAGUCUCAUGGUUGAUGGGAAGGUAACAAGGGAGAGAAAGAUAAACACUGGGAUACCUCAGGGAUCACCGAUCUCACCCUUGCUAUUUCUAAUCUACUCGAGUCCUCUCUACUCUAUAGUACAGGAGAAUGGCGGCAAAGUUAUCGGUUUCGUAGAUGACAUUACAAUUUACGUUACAGGCAAAAGCAGAGAUGAGAACACCAAGCGACUUAGUAACAUCUUACAGAAGUGUCAUGAAUGGGCAACGUCAGCACAUACCGCUAUCGACUACGGAGAAAAGCUGGGCUUCAUGCAUGUAGACAAUCAAAGAACCUCAAAGAAACGACAGUUAAGGUUGGUUUUACCUUCUGGGGAGCGACGACAGGCUUCACCCACGCUCAAAUUAUUGGGAGUGACGUUAGAUAGUCAGUGGAAGUUCUCCAAACAUGUUGACGCGAUAGCGAUAAAGGGGAAAAUGGUCUUAGGAAUUAUACGCCGAUUGGGGGGAAUAACCUGGGGUGUCACAGGGGCUUCGAUGCGCAACCUAUACCAAGGCUGUGUAAGACCCAUAUUGGAGUAUGCAAGUCCAGUGUGGUAUCCUAAGAUAACCAAACAAGAACGGGAGCAGCUUCAACGCAUUCAAAAUACGGGAUUACGAGCCAUAUUGGGUGGUUAUCAUCAAACACCCAUCGAUUGCCUCCAUAGAGAUACUGACAUCAUGCCUUUAGAGCAACGAUAUGAUACCUUACAGGAUAAUUAUAUCGUGCGACUACAUCGUAAUGUGGAUCCUGAGAACCCAGUUAAUGCUGAGUCUACAUGGUGGAGAAAGCAUAUGGAACACAAUGAGUUGGUCCAACGACUCUAUGAGGUUCUACCCAAAGAGGAAAUCUUUCAAGACCGGAUUCGACGACGGAAACCGCCGUGGAAGAAAGAGGACAUGGAAUGUGAAAGUAAAGCCUGGAAGGUCAAGAGUGAACUAAAGAAAAAGAUUUAUCAAAGACAUCACACAAUAUGGGAAACACAAUACCGGACGUCUGCAAAAGGAGAGUUUUACCGGUCAUAUACUCUUCCAAGGUUAUAUAAUGCAGACCACAAAAACCCUUUGAGAUAUUUCUUAAAUGAAUGCUCAAAGAAUGAACUCAGUAAACUGGUGCAGUUACGAACAGCCAAAGGAGCGUUUGGAAUGUUCUUCAAGAGGUUUAAAAUCAACAACCGACCCCAUCAAUGUGAAUGUGGAGAGGAAGAAGAUGUUAAACAUCUAUUAUGUGAGUGCCCAGUCACUGAAAAUCAUCGUCAGAUCUUACGUGAUGCUUCUGCGACGCUAGAUCUAAAAGUCCUACUUGAUUCCAAGAAGGGCUUAAAAGCGGUAUUGGCUUUUUUGGCCAAAGCUCCGCAAUUACUUUAG